AUGCUGAUUUUCAAAGGCGGCCAAUCACGCUUGGAAAAAAAAGAAUUGUCUUGUGUCACAACACAAUUCUCUUUCUUCUCAUUUGAUUUUUUUCCAGAUGAAGUUUUCUUUUUUUCUCAUUUCUUUCACAAUUUUCAUGAUAUUUUUAAUUAUUUACUUUUUUCUUUUCAUCAUUUUUCUUUGAUUUUUUUUCUUUCUUUUUUCUUCUUCAUCUCAUUAUUUUAUUUUUCUUGCUUUUAUAUCUUUUUUUCUCCUUCAGUAUUGUUAAUUUUUCUUUUAUUCUUUCUUUCCCAUAUAUUCUCUUUUUUUGUUAACAUUUUUCUUCUUUCUCUUCUUUCUUUUCCAUAUUUCAAGUUACAUUUUCUUUUUUCUUCUUUCUCUUCCUUCUCCUUAUUUCAAGUUAUAUUUUCUUUUUUCUUCUUUCUCUUCCUUCUCCUUAUUUCAAGUUAUAUUUUCUUUUUUCUUCUUUCUCUUCCUUCUCCUUAUUUCAAGUUACAUUUUCUUUUUUCUUCUUUCUCUUCCUUCUCCUUAUUUCAAGUUAUAUUUUCUUUUUUCUUCUUCUUUCUAUCCACAUUUCAAGUUACAUUUUCUUCUUUAUCUUCUUUCUCUUCUUCCUUCUUCUUCUUUAAAGUUACAAUUUUCUUUUUUCUUCUUUCUCUUCUUCCUUCUCUUUAA